ACCUUCAGCCCAGCUCUCUCUCUCUUGCUCUCUGCUAUCUAUACGAGCAAAAGGAGGAGGAGGAGGAGGAAGAAGAAGAAGGUUUCGGAUGAGGAUGGUGGAAGAGGAAGCGGCGGGAAUGGUGAUGAUGAGGCGAAGCGGACCGUACGAGAGGGUGGCGAGAAUCGCGAGCGGGAACGCGGUGGUGGUGUUCAGCGUCAGCGGCUGCUGCAUGUGCCACGUGGUGAAGCACCUGUUGCUGGGGCUCGGCGUCGGCCCCACCGUGUACGAGCUCGACCAGCUGGGGAAGGGCGGCCGCGAGAUCCAGGCGGUCCUCUCCCACCUCCUCUCCGCCGCCUCCCCCUCCCCCUCCACCUCCGUCUCCGCCGCAGCCGUUCCCGCCGUCUUCAUCGGCGGACAGCUCCUCGGCGGCGUCGAGAAGGUGAUGUCGUGCCACAUCAACGGCUCCCUCGUCCCGCUACUCAAGCAAGCCGGUGCUCUCUGGCUCUGAACGCCUCCAUCACCUCUCUCUCUCUCUCUCUCUCUCUCUCUCUCCCACUGUAAAUAUACGUGUGUUUCGAAUUCUAUCAAGUAUUUGCCAUGACAAGGCAAAUUCUAU